CGGCCGCAUCCGCGUGCGCGUGCGUGUUUGUCCCCGUUGUCUCGGUGUGUACGUUAAAAUCAGUACCGAACCGAUUUAUACUGAUCUGCAAGCAGAUCCGCAUCUUAAGGACACGGAUUUUCUACCGUGAGCAAGCUCAUCGCUUACCUCCAAAAAAGGAGUUUUAAACGAUGAGCUCGCUCGCAUCUGCUUGCAAAACGUGGUGGACAGUUUUCCACACCACGUACUAUUACCGCGCUCCAAAACACACACACAAACACACCGUAAAACACAUACGUUUGCGUAUACGCUUUGCGCGUGUGUUUGUGUAUGUUCCGUUGCAGAUCAUCUUCAAUGUCCUCGUCCCUUCUGCCGCACACAACACAUUCGGCUGUUCGAUAACACUGAUUAGCGAGGAUAAGCAUUUUUGUCCACACGAUCCACAACCCAUUGUGUGGAUUCGUAUGUUUGACACCCGUUCACGAUCGUUCGAGAUGCGUGUUGCGGGCGAGGUGUUGCGACGAUGACGUUUGACCUAGAGCAAAAAAAAAAAUCGGAAAAUUCUGUAUUUAUGUAAUCCAUCCAUCCGUCUGCUCCCAUCAAUAAAACACACACGCACCAAGGGGGUGCCGCGCGCACACGCAACCAACAGGCACCACCACAAACACACAGCACCCGAUGUGUGCCGCGAGUGUGCGAGCUGAUCUGACGUAUAUUGCGCAGGCUAAAGGAGCUUAGCCGGGCGGAUCAAAAUCGGUCCGGUUCGUGAACUAAUCGAUAUUGAAGUGAUUUAGAAAGCGGAUUCGGAUUUUCCAAUAAUGGCCGAAACGUACGAGGAGUACGAGGAGACGCACCAUGUCACCAGAAAGUCCGUGACCACCUUCAAGAUCGAGGAAACAUCAUCGUCCACCACCACCAAAACCAUCACGACACCGGCCAAACUGUACGGCAAGGAUGUCGGCGCGUAUGACGAUAUCGAUGUGGACGAGCUGCUCGCCCAGCUGUCGCCGGAGGAGAUUAGCAUGCUCGCGAAGGAGGUCGAUCCGGACGAUUCAUUUUUGCCUCCGAGCCAGCGUACCAACUAUGAGUGUGAAAAGGCACCAACCGGGCCACUCGAUCGGAAGAAGCUGAUCGAUCAUAUUAAUAAGCAAGCGCUGGAAACACCGGACCGUCCGGAACUGGAACCAUUCGUGCCGGGUGUCGUACGUGGCAAAAAGUGGAUACCACCACCGCCAGCGGCAAAGCUGCAGGCAGCCGACGAGCAGAUCGCAAUCGAUCUUGGUGACGAGUACGAGCAGGCGCUGACGGAUGCGACGCAGGAAGAAAUCAUCGAUCUGGCCGCUAUCCUCGGUUUCCACUCGAUGAUGAACCAGGACCAAUACCACGCCUCACUGCUUAACAAGGGCCAGCCGGUUGGCCUCGGCUGGGAUGGUAUUACCAAGUCUGCCAUACCGAAGAUUUUCCCGGCCGAAGCACCGAACACGACCGAUCCGGAGGAAACGGUCCAGCGCAUCAAGAACGACGACAGCAAGCUGGUGGAGGUGAAUCUGAACAACAUCAAGACCAUCUCGGACGAGCAGUUCGAUAAGUUGUUCGAGGCGCUCAAGUCCAACACACACCUCGAGGUGCUGUCGCUCACGAACGUGGGUCUGACGGAUCGUACCGCAUUGAUGCUGGCCGGCGCCCUCGAACAGAACCACGCCCUUCGGGUGCUGAACGUCGAGACGAACUUUAUCAGCCCGCCCGUGAUUGUGACGCUGGUCAAGAGUCUGCUAACGCAGAUGACAAUCGAGGAGUUCCGUGCCUCGAACCAGCGAUCGCAAGUCUUCGGUAACAAGAUCGAGAUGGAGAUAACGGAGUUGGUUGAAAAGAAUACCACCCUGCUGCGGCUCGGUUUGCAUUUGGAGUUUAAUGAUGCCCGACAUCGGGUAGCCGCCCAUCUGCAGCGUAACAUUGACAGAAUUCGAGUCGAUAAGCGUGAUGGACGCUCGUCCCGCGGCAGUUACUAUCGGCCGGUUCGCAUCGAGGAGGAACAGGAGCUCGCAAUGUCCGACGUGGAGGAGGAACCGGAGGUCGAGGUGGCACCGGCGGACUAUGACGUGGAGGAAGAUCCCGACAAUGUGGUGAUCCGUCCGCCACCGUCCGACGAUGAAGAUAUUAAGAAAAAAUCUCUCACAGCGGCUGCAGUUUAGAUUUUUUCAAAACAUGCAUAGGAAACAAACGACCAUGAUACAGUGAAAGAGAGAGAGUGAGAGAGAAAGAGAGACGACCAUGCGCGCGGGAUGUUCACACAUUGUUACCGGCGAUGCGAUCAUCUCGCGCACGCGUCUACUGACCUUCUCCUCCCCUACCCUCCCCACUUCAACACUCUUCACGUUCUGUUUUUCUACUUUUUAAAACUACUAUUACUACAUCUACUACUACUACUACUACUACUAUAUACUCAGCACAACAGCAACAAACGAAAUCAACCGCGGUAUUCGCUACACGAGCUCCGUACUGGCAGCAAAAAUUGUAAAAAAGCGCAAACUACAAAAAAAAAACAAAGCAUGAAAAUAUUUGAUUCGUUUCUGUUUGAUGUCGAAAAGAUGAUUAAAUAUCAGAACAGAACUGGCCAGUUUUGAUCCAGUGUCCAGAUGUAUAAAUGGAGUCAAAACAGAAAAAAAACAUAAAAAAGGGAUGAUUAUGUCACCCGGUUACAGAAUCAUUUAUGUAAAGCAGGAAUGCUUGAGGUGGCGAUUAUCUUGAAGGAGCACGAAGAUCACACUAUAAGAUAGCUAAAAAUGUAAUUUAGAGCAGUGAAAAUGAGAAACGGUGUGGUGGAUAUUUUGUUUUUUGAUGUUUAGCAUAACGAUGAUGCCAGAGGGAAGUAAAAAAAAACGCUUUGAAAUCAAAAGUCUUAUUCGAUAGGGUUCGGACAGCCAAAAACAAAUGAAUGCUUUUUUUCUAUUGUUUAAAUUGUUUGUUCAGAUUUUAAAUAAGCCAAAAGUUUUGUUCACAUCAUUUGUUUUCUCAUUCGGAUAGCAGAGUGUGAAGAAUUUUUUAAUUAUCAUUCAACUACAAAACCGGAAGUUGGUUAAUAGCAAGUGAGACAGAUUAGUAAGGGUGGUGAAAGAAAACUAUACUAUAGAAGAAGAAAAAAAAACUUCUCCGUAUAUAGGAUGAGUAGUAAGAGAACCGAACGAGUAAACUGUUGUAUAAGGACGUCAUGUUUUUGUUUUGUUUACUGCAUCACAUAAGUUGAUAAAGAAGUUUCUGGAAAGCAUUAUGGUGUGCUUUAGAAUUUUUAAUUUUUAUUAAAUAAAUGCUCUUCCGUGUGUAGCAUUCAAUGUAAUGUCAAUUGGUUUGUGGAAGUUUAUAAAUUUAUGAUUCACAAUAUAUAGAAACCGUGCUGAGUACGACUAAGAAGUGACUCAAAUGCUAGGUUUGUUAGUUUUUUUUUUAAAUUUUAAUAUUUUUAUUGUGUAUUGGUAGUGUAACAACUGCCAUGUUCGCUCAUCAGCUGUAUACAGUUAUAAAAAAAAUUGUACCAAUAAUACUCAUCUAACCCACACACACAUACACACGCACCGUUUAAGCGAAUUGCAGCAAACGUUCGUCCACUCUCGCUCGUCAGAGUUGGGGAAAUGAACCUGUGCUGUCAAAAUAGGGCUUAUGUGCGUGCAGCUGUGUGUGUGUGUGCGUGUUUAAACUAGACACAAAACAUAAGUAGCAACCAAAUAGGCUUAGGGGUAGUCCGGGGUGUCCAUCCGACACCUGUCAGGGAAGAAUGAGUGGCUUUUGCAACACGGUAUUGUACCCCUUUUUCGGCUUGAAGUCGAACUUCAAGUGGAACUCCUGACAGAAAUGGCACAUCAUAAAAAAACACAUCAAAACGUUAGCACGCGAUUGCGUGAUGUGAAAGGUUUUUAGUUUAUAUUUCAUUUAGAUUUUUGUUUCUUCUGUUUUCUAAUUCUUCCCGCUGAUUCGCGCCUCUGCUUACCUAUGUAUACAUGUAUGUAUAGCGUUGAAUAUAUAUAUUGCAAUUGAAAGAGUUGAAAUUGAAUUAUAAGUGAAUUAUAGCGAACGGAAUGAAUAGUGGCGCGUGGGACGGGUAGCAAUCAUACUCCAUCUUUCAUUUUUCUGUAGUUAUUUUUUUCUUAUUCCUUUUUUUUGUUUGAGAGGGAAGGGCUGAAAUGAGAGACAGAUAAGGAAAGGCAAAGGGUUGAAACGAAAAAAAAUUUAAAAAAAACAUUACUAAGAAUAUAGCUAAAUGUUUGGAAUGUGUGCAGUGUGGUUCUUCGUUUAUAAACACAAGUUCGUUUUGCUAAGAUUGAUCCGCUUGCGUGUCUGUGUUAGUGUGGGUGCGCAAGGUUGUAAUCGGUCGUAGUUUGGGUUGAGUAUUGUUUGUAGACAGCGGGCUGGUUCCUAGUCUGGUGACGGUGUGUGGUUCCUGGUUUGUGAGGAUGUCGACGGAAGCCUAACCUGUCGCGUGUCUGUCAACCUGGCAACCCCCAACAUAUGCAGAUCGACUUGUACUCGUGUAGUCGCUGGAACCCUGGAACAACUGACCACUAUCUCACAGCGGCGAUUGUUACGUCAGGCGCGUCUUAAUCAGCGCAAGUAAACAGCAGCCAACGGUACGUCGGUGCCGAAGCUAGAAGAGCAAAAAAAAAACUCACGAGCCGCAGGCAAUAUUACCAUCCACGCAACGCUUACCACGGCUUUAAAAACUUCCGUUCUGGAACUUGCCUGCAGAAAGAAACGCAACUAAAUACAUUCGACCAAAACCAUUCGGAGCUCAAUCGGACGACGCCCAGGCGACCUGUUGUGGGGCGGUGUGACGACGACAUCCAUUUUAAUUCGUAUUAAUCACAUCAUCUGAUCAUUCGUUCUGGUAGAAAAAUGGUGUAUAGAGAGAAAGGAACAACAGUCAGGCAGGAUGCUCAUUGCGAUAUGAAGCUGUAUGUGACAGAACGAUUGUUUUUACGUUAAUUAUGUUCCAUUGUGCGUAGCAAACGUCGGUAGCAGUUUUGCCGUUUAUAUUUUGUAUCUUUUUUUUUAACGAAAAUACCAAUUUUACGUAUUUGACACAAAUGUCUUGCUUGCGGAAGCGUUUGGUUGCAGGCUCCUAUGUAGGCUAGGACCUAGAAAACAUCACAAGCGUACGAAACAAGCGCGCAAAUGGUUUAGCAAAACUAAGCGAGUAUGGAUCGUGUGCGCUUUUCGCUUCUUAGUGCAGCUUGUUUUAGCAUGGAAGAACCAUUUAAUGAAUGAAGAAAUUGACGAAAGCAACCAGGAAAGCUAGUAGCAGCAUGUAAGGAAGAAGAAAAAACAAACCUAAAUUCCUUCCUCCCUCCCCGCAUAAAGUGGAAACGACACGGGAUGGUUACGAAACGAAGUAAUCAUUCCCAGACAAGCGCGCGCGCGCGCGUUUUGAAAUAAUCAUCCAUAACAACCAUGCACGGUGUGCGCCCCCGCCCCCUCCUUAGCAUGCAUGCAUUGUGCGUUUUCAUUUUAUUAUUAAUAUUAUUUAUGUUAAGCAAAUUUCUCCAAUUCGCUUUUGACGGCCAAACGGGGCAAAGCAAAAGGGACGAGAUUGUAUGGUGAUCCACGUUGAUAAUGUAUGAGGCAAUACCCCCCGCGCUACCAAUCGUGUACGUUUUUAAAUUAUUCACUAUCGAAUGUUUAUGGUAAAAAGAAAAAGAAACAAACAAACAAAAGAAACAAAUAAAUUGUAAGCAUAAAAUCCAA